AUGGGAACAAUCACAACAACUGCCCUAUAUCCUCGAACAGAGGGCAAGAAAUUCGAUAUCAAAUAUUACAUUGAGAGUCACCUGCCAUUGGCUGAGAAGAUUUGGGGUCCGUUGGGAAUGAAAGAUUGGUCUGUCGUAGCUUUCAAGGACGAUGAGGCCGGCAACAAGCCUCUUUACCGUUACAAGGUAGUGUCACGAUGGACAAGUAUUGAUGCCAUAAAGAAGGCCACGACGACUGCUGAAGGAAAGGCGGUGCUGGACGAUGCUGUCAAUUACACUGACGAGGUGCCGAUUGUUUUGGUUGGGGAGGAGGCCGGGACCAAGUCGAUUGAUUUUGCCAGUGACUGA